AGCGGCAGUCCCAUGGUCCGGCGGCGGGAUGGCGGCGAAAGGGGCCGCGCUGCUGCUGCUGCUGCUCGGGGCGGCAGCGGCGCCGGGCCCGGUGCGGGGCUCGCAGGGGGAUCGGGAGCCCGUGUAUCGGGACUGCCUGGCCCAGUGCGAGCGGCGCAACUGCUCGGGGGCCGGCCUGCGGCACUUCCGCUCCCGGCAGCCGCUCUACAUGAGCCUGACAGGCUGGACCUGCAGAGAUGAUUGUAAAUAUGAGUGCAUGUGGCUUACAGUGGGGCUUUAUGUCCAGGAAGGUUACAGAGUGCCUCAGUUUCAUGGCAAGUGGCCCUUUUCCCGCUUCCUGUUCUUCCAGGAACCUGCUUCUGCCUUUGCCUCUUUCCUUAACGGACUUGCCAACUUUGUGAUGUUGACUAGAUACAAAGCAUCCGUCCCGCCUUCAUCUCCCAUGUACCACACCUGUAUCGCCUUUGCCUGGGUUUCAUUAAAUGCCUGGUUCUGGUCUACAGUCUUCCAUACAAGGGACACUGAUGUAACCGAGAAAAUGGAUUACUUCUGCGCGUCCACCGUCAUCCUGCACUCCAUCUACCUGUGCUGUGUCAGGACCCUGGGUCUGAAACGUCCAGCCUUUGCUAAUGCCUUUGGGGGUUUUCUGAUCCUCUUCCUGGCCUGCCAUGUCUCGUACCUGACGCUCGUGCGCUUUGACUAUGGCUACAACAUGGCCGCAAACGUGGCGAUCGGCCUUCUCAACCUCUUCUGGUGGCUGGGCUGGUGCGUCAGGAACCAGCAGCGCCUCCCGUACGUGUGGAAGUGCGUGGUGGUGGUGCUGCUCCUUCAGGGCCUGGCGCUGCUCGAGCUGCUGGAUUUCCCGCCCCUCUUCUGGAUCUUCGACGCACACGCCAUCUGGCACAUCAGCACCAUUCCUGUCAACGUCCUCUUCUACAGUUUCCUCCGUGACGACAGCCUGUACCUCUUGAAGGCGAACUCGGACAUUCUGAAAAUAGACUAAAGUUGUCGGGGGGGGCCUGCCGUGCGGAGAGGAGCUGUCCCCUCUCUGACAUGCGAGACCUUCUGAGCGCCUUUCCCAGCAGCAUGCCGGGUCUCAAGCCAGCUGCUCUCGAGAAGCGGUGAUGUUGUGCUCUUUCAUCGAGUCCCUGUCCGGAAUCUGUGGCCGUGCUGAGACCUGCUCUCUGCCUUCUUUGACUCCUGGGUGCACCAGAAUCCUGGGUAAACGUCACCCUCCGCCAGCUGAGUUUUGUUUCCUCUUUUCUUGCCUUCAAAAGUUUUUAAUUCUAAUCCCAUGACUCGUUCUAUUAGAACAUCAACGAUCCAUCUCGCCCACACGCUCCCCCCCACACACUGUAAUUAAUGCUCUUCUGUGCUACCGGGCAACAUGGUGUGUUUCCGUUU